UACUACUACAAGCACUAUUUAUCAGCAAAGAGUGGAGCUGGUUUAUCAAAAUCUAAAGGAAGCCGAAAUGGAUUUGAAAGCACACAGUGGCACAGAAAGCAACAACUAUAAAAGAAAAAAAAAUUGAUAAAUUAGAAGAUCAAAAUUUAAAACUUCUACUCCUUGAAAGACACCAUUAAGAAGAUGAAAAGAAAUGCCACAGAAGAAGAAAUAUUUGCAAAACACGUAUCUGACAAAAGACAGGGUAUCAAGAAUAUAUAAAGAACUCCCACAACUCAGAAACAGAUUUUUUGUUCAUACUCUUUAUCAGCUUGAGAAAGUAUCCUAUUCCUGGUUUGCUGAGAGUUUUUAAUCAUGAAUAGCGUGCAGUUAAAAAAUUUAUUAUGCUAACAUCCAGCCAAAAUGUACCAGUGUUCCUUAUUGAUCCUUUGAUUCUGGAAUUGAUUAAUAAAGACUUUGAACAAGUCAAAAAUACUUCUCAUGGCUCCUCUUCAGAAUGCAAGUUUUUCUGUGUUCCAAGAGACUUUACUGCGUUUGCACUGCGGUAUCACCUGUGGAAGAAUGAGGAAGGCUGGUUCCGGAUAGCUGAAAAUAUGGGAUUUCAAUGCCUAAAGAUUGAGAGCAAAGAUCCCCGGCUAGAUGGGAUAGACUCCCUUUCUGGAACUGAAAUUCCCCUGCACUACGUCUGCAGAUUGGCCAGUCAUGCCAUCCACUUGGUGGUCUUUCAUGAGAGGAAUGGCAACUACCUCUGGCAUGGCCAUUUACGACUCAAAGGACACAUGGAUAGGAAAUUUGUUCCUUUUCGAAAGUUACAGUUUGGUCGUUAUCCUGGAGCUUUUGACAGGCCAGAGUUGCAACAAAUUACUGUUGAUGGACUAGAAGUUUUCAUCCCGAAAGAUCCAGUGCACUUUCUAGAAGAAAUACCACACUCUAGGUUUAUUGAGUGUAGGUAUAAAGAAGCUCGAGCAUUCUUUCAGCAGUACCUUGAUGAUAACACUGUGGAAGCUAUGGCCUUUCGGAAGAAUGCAAAGGAAUUAUUGCAACUGGCAGCCAAAACAUUAAAGAAAUUGGGAGUACGGUUCUGGCUGAGCAGUGGAACUUGUCUAGGGUGGUAUCGGCAAUGCAACAUUAUUCCUUAUAGUAAAGAUGUUGACCUAGGAAUUUUUAUACAAGAUUAUAAAUCUGAUAUUAUUUCAGCAUUUCAGGAUGUAGGACUUCCACUCAAACACAAAUUUGGGAAGGUAGAGGACAGCUUGGAACUAUCUUUCCAAGGAAAAGAUGAUGUAAAACUCGACAUUUUUUUCUUCUAUGAAGAGACUGACCAUAUGUGGAAUGGAGGCACUCAGGCCAAAACGGGAAAAAAAUUUAAAUACCUGUUUCCCAAGUUUACACUGUGCUGGACCGAGUUUGUAGACAUGAAGAUUCAUGUGCCCUGUGAAACUAUUGAGUACCUUGAAGCCAACUAUGGUAAGAGCUGGAAGAUUCCUGUGAAGACAUGGGACUGGAAGCGCUCUCCCCCCAAUGUGCGGCCCAAUGGAAUCUGGCCUAUUUCUGAGUGGGAUGAGGUUAUCCAGUUAUACUGAGACAGUAGGUUGAAAUGGUAGAAUCCCCCUUCUGAAACAAAGGUGGAUAACUGUUUAAGAAGAUAAAUCUCUAUUUGUCAAAUGUAAGUAGGGGCCAAAGAUAUGUCAAGAGUGAAGAUGCAGAAAGAGUCCUAACCUCUGAGCCAUCUGAUUUAAUUCUCUCAUUUUACUUUUAUUAAGGAGUCCCCGUGUGCCAGGUACAGUGCUAGGUUAGAGUGGAGAAGCGGAGAUGAGUGACACACAUGCCUGUCUCUUCCCCUUCCCUUUGGUAAGCACCUCAGUUUUCCUUUGAGGGAAACACCCUUACCUUUGAAGCUCCUAUAAAAUACGAUGUUCUUUCAGAAUGUUAGAUAAUGGUUGGACUGGAUGAUGGGUUUAUUGGGCAAAGCUAAGGAGGGAUAUGCCAGUAAAAAAGAAUAGCCCGUUCCUGCAAUCAGAAGCUAAGCUUGUAUGUUAGUGCUGCUUUUAAGGUUGUAGAGUUGGAGUUAAUAUCUAAGUGAUCAGACUUUAGGUGGCAUCAGGAAAAGAUGCUAGAUUCAUUUUACAAGCAACAGAAUGAGAGCUUCUUUCUAGCUUUGUCAAAGAUAUGCAAAUUUCCGUACAUUUUCUAUUUUUAUAUUCGAAGUGAAAAGGAAGCUUGUGCUUGUGUGAUGCUUUAAUUCCCAGCUAUUGUGAGAAUAUUUUCACUGACCUCUGUAGCACUUGUUAACAAAUCAUUCAAGCGAGAUCAUGCUACCAGACAUGAUUUUGAAAGGGUUAUGAUUUCACAAAACUUACUUUCCUUGUUUCAUUACCAACCAUCUGUUAGGUAAAAAUACGAGCUAUUCAAGGACUUUAAUAUUUUCUGAAUUUUUAAUCCUUGUACUUCCAAUUUUAAUGUUAACACUAAAAUAUUAAUAGAAAUACCUCUAAUUUUUCUAAGUGUACUCUUCUGUGUAUUCAUUCAUCAAUUACAGCUCCGUAUCUUUAUUUAUGGCCUAUAAACCAAUUUAAAUGGUAUAUAAGCCUACCUGUCCCCUCUCCUCUAUACUAUAUCACAUGUCCAAAAUGAAGAUAAAUGGCAAAUCUGACAAAUGCUUUCUCCGUCCUCCUACCCCCAGAUCAUGGUGUUCGUAAAAUUUGUGUCCAUUCUCAUUGUUCUAUCUAGAUGUUCUGUCUGUUGCAUAUUGAUGGGACGAGAACUCAGACUUCCCUGCUUUAUCAAGUACCACCAAUUUUAAAACCCUUCAGUUUCCUUUCCCCGCCUCAAGAUGUGUUUCUGAGUGGGCUGGGAUGGCCCUGUCUCCCCCAUCUCUUCAUGAGUCAUUUAAUGGUAUAUUCCAAGUGAGAAGUAAAGGUAUAUGUAGGCACAGUAAACACUGCUAUCUUUUUCUUUGUCCAGGAAAGGAAGCCAAGUCUUACAUUUCAUCCAGGCUGCUUAGGACUACUUUCUCAACAAAAUCCCAGACUUUCCUCUAAAACCAGAGAAUAAUAGCAAUGUCAGAAUGGAAACCAGAGGGUCUGAGGGAAUAGGCUGACUGAAUUUUCCUAAAACAAAGUUGGGAAAAGUGACCUGCAGCCACCGAACUCUAUAUUUUCAAAACACCAAAAACUUUUUUUUUGAUAAAUGAUAACCACUGACCUUCCUCUCUUAGGAUGAGCUUUCAAUGUGUACUCAUUGGAUCUUUUCAUAACUAACAUAAUGAAGUUUUCAGGGACUCUUACAGAUUACCAGUACACUUGUCCCCAAAUGACCGGCCACUGUAAUCAGAUUCUCUUUGCUGGAAAAUCAGCCCAUAGAAAUUACACCCGAAUUCUAAAUAGCUGAACCUAAUUUCAUUUUUCAUGGUUGAAAAAAUAUCAGGAUAAUAAUAGUGUUCCUCGGUAAAAUCUACCCUGCUUAGUGAGGACCAUUUGCUUGUGCUCAGCAUCUAGAAGUGUAUGUAAAAGUACAUACAUAUUUCUGCCCAUUUCAAGUUGGGGCUUCCACUGUUUGCCAGGGGGUCCUACCCACCCUUUAUAUAUAUAUAUAGAUAUAUUAAAGAUUUUUAUUUAUUUGACAGAGAAACAGCGAGAGCAGGAACACAAGCAGGGGGAGUGGGAGAGGGAGAGGCAGGCUUCCUGCUGAGCAGGGAGCCCGAUGCAUGGCUCGAUCCCAGGACUCUGGGAUCAUGACCUGAGCCGAAGGCAGACGCUUAAUGACUGAGCCACCCAGGCGCCCCUCUACCCACCCUUAUUUAAGUUAUUUUUCUUUUAUCUCUCCCUGGAGUCCAAGGUCUUGAAGAAUCCAAAAUCUAAGAUGUCUUGGCCCCAUUGACAGAGAUUCUAUAUCCUUCCCUCCACAGCCCACUGGCAGCUGAAAUGCCUUUCUUGACUACCUUCUGGUUUCACAGGCUUCUGCUCUUGCUUGGUUCCUACCCUACCUUGGGGGAAUGAAAGCUUUUCCCCAGACUCUGAAGGCCAGGCUUGCUUCUGAUACAGAUUCAGCCAUACUUCAUUCUGUGCUUCUUGACAGUUCUUAACUGUGCUCACUGUCCAGUGGAUCUACCAUCAAACCUCAUCAGACCACUUUUCUUUCUUCACCUGAGUAUUCCAACAACAGUUCUCCUCUUAUGGCCACAUUCAGGUCCACUUUGGUUUACAGGAGAAAACCUCUUAUAUUAACUUGGAAGUUAGGCACCCAUGGAUAUCUCCAGACAGAUCCUGAGAGGCAAGAGUGAUAACCUCUCACUUGACAACCAGGUGGCCACUUGCUUCUUCUCUAAGCAGGGAUUACUUGGCCUUCUCCCCUCCGCUGCAGCUACUGACAUCUGGCCCCUGGAAUAAAACUGGAGUACAACUGCAGUUCCUAAAAUCAAGCAUCCCUAAGAAGCUGGGCAGUGGGAUAGCCAGUUUGAUUCCCUAGUUACAAACCCUGAAGUAUGACUAGAUGGCAGAAUGUCUACCACCAUCCUCCCGGAACAAGUUCAUCUCAAGUGAAAAUCAUCUUGCUCUUGAGUCUUAAAAGCUAUAGCGUCACAUUCAUUCUCUCCCUCUUAUUUUAUAGCUAAAUCAAGAAGAGAGAGCAGUGAUUUGAGAACCUCCUGAAGCUAAAACUCAAGAGUGCCAUGACUUUUGGCCCAGUCCUUGUGUCAUUGCCUCACAGCACAGCAUCUUUAACUCUGCUUGAGAUGCUUGACAGAGAAGUCAUCCUGUGUCUCAGGAGUCAGUUUCAGGGUGUUUCUGCCAUUCCCCACUUCAUAUCUUUCUGCUAAGAUUGAGAGCCUGAGGUGACAAAGAGAUCAAGAAGGAGUAUUUCUUUCUUGUCCAGAAUACUUAGGCUGUCUUCAUACCUUUAUCUGCAAAAUGCCAUAUCUCCAAAAGGUGAAAUAGUUCAUGUUUGGAGACAUCAGCCUUUGAUCAUGAUACUGUUAACAUCCAGGAGUACCUGAUUCUCGUAAGCUCAAGAUGUGUCCCAUUGCUACUUCACCCCUUCCACUUCCCCGGGAAACCAUUAGCUAAGCACUCAUUUCUGAAGAAUUCUUCCUCCUCCCCUUAUUAAUACUCUCUGACGGAUACAAGCAGUUGAGAAUAAGUUGUACUCAUUCCUUUUCUUCUUUGUGACCCCCAAACCACUGUAUCUAGUCUUAACUUGGCUCCAAACUUCAGAUGGCACAUAGGACAACAAGGUGUUACAUAGAAGAGCAGCAGUUUGUAGACUGGGGACCAGAGCUGCAUUUGGGAAACCCACUUGGAAUGAAUUCCCACACUCUAGCCUAACACCUCACCCAGUACCAUAAGCCUAAGGCUGCAGAUGUUUCUAAGUCUCCCCCAAGUUUCAGCUUCUGGAAAAUGAACAAUUCUUUCAUCCUUAAUAUUAUAAAUCCCCAUGGGAAAAUUUCCCUCAAAGACUAGUCAGAGAAAGUGCCACAUUCCCAACUGCUAAUAUAUAAUUAUCAUGGAAAAACUCCAGUUCCUGAUCAGACAAAAGGAUAUCUUUGAAGAAAUGUCCCAGCAGCAAUUUCUCUUUCCUCCUCCUCUUCUUCUCUCAUUAAGACCUGGGCUAGGUCACCUGACAUUUCACUUAGGGGAAUCAACAUGCUGGUAUAAAAAGAUCACAAACUUCUGAAUUAGGCCCGAGUUUGCAUCCCAGGUUCAUCACGUGGGGUUUGUGGUAGAGGACCUCUCAGCCUCAACUUCCACAUGAGUGAAUUGGGGAAAUGUGUACUUCUCAGGGUUUUUAGUUAGGAUAAAAUGGAACAUAAAGUGCUUAGCAUCAGGCCUAGGAUUAAGUAAAUACUCAAGAAAUGUUCCAUUUCUUACCUCCAAGUCCCUUUUCUAAUUAUUCUUCAAAUGUGAUUAAAAAAACUAUGGUUCAGAACAUAAGCCUUACUCAGGAGGCUGGAUGACUGAAUUUGCUUAGUGAAAAAAAUUGUUUCAUUGUAUCAAGGCAUUAAAGGACAAAUUGUAUGGUUCAUGAAUUCUGAGACAUUACCGAGUUGCCUCCUUCUCUAAAUAGAACUAGUAUUUUUAUUUUAUUGGUCAAGCUAUUGUCUCCUAAGCUCUCCUUAUAUGAUCCCUUAUGUUACAUAGUUCCUUGGUCCCAAGCAAUUCACUCUCUCUACCUCCCUAGAUUUGGUACUUGUUCUGCCUUGGACUUCUUCAAUAUUCUAGCUUUUUCUAGAGGUAAACCCUCAUCUCCUUGUUAGUAAAUCUCUACCCAGCAACAUCAGAUAUAAGUCAUGAUUUGCAGAGGGAAAGAACUUGGAAUACUUAGUUUCAUGUAACUGUCUGUGCUGAUGAAUGUUUAUAUCUGUGUUUUAGUAAAGGAGAAUUGAAAAUACUCAUUUCCACCUUCUUCCAUCAAAUUUGUGUUUCUCUCACUUAGGCAAGAAUCUACAGGGUAUGUUUUAAGCUGUUUUAAGCUUCUCUGCACAAACUAAAAUCUAAUUAUAGUUUAUAAGUCAAACAGACCAAUUCAAUAGUGAUACCUUUUCACAGGACCAGUAGGCAAGUCUACAUUUUUCUAAUGAGGAAUCUGUACUUCUGUAUUCUCAGAACUUGUAGAUUAGAAUGCCCCUUUUGCCAUCCCCCACAACCCAACCCAAUGUAGAGAUGAUAUAGGAACCCGUUAGCCAGCCAAGCUGCUAGAUGCUUCAGAGCAGCUCUCACAGUGGAGUUGAAAAGGAUUAUGAGGAGAAUUAGAAGUACUGUAUUUUGUUUUAUAAAACAAUGUACUGUCUCAUGCACCAUUAAAAAAAAUUACAAGAUUUUGUAGUCUUUUGAUGACUCAUUCAGAGCAUGGGUUUGUUAAAUGAAAAUCAUAUAUAGCUAUUUGUGUGCCCCUUCUACUUCAUAACCAGAAAAACAUGUAUGUGAAUUUUUUAAACAAAAUAUUUUAAACAUGGGUAAAUUUCAGCGUAUGCUUACCAGUUGACUAUUUGGUUUUAUCUUCAGGUACAGGUAGUUUGUGGUACUACUGAAAAUACCUUUAAUAUUAUUAUUUUGAUCAGAAUUUGUAAUAUAUGAUCAGUUUGGGAUGACAAAUAAAAUUUUUUUAAUCACUUGA